AUGAAGUACUCUCUCACCCUCCUUUCCCUCUCCAUGGCCUCCGCCAUGGCAAGCCCCUUUGCCUCCACCACCCCAAAGUGCAACAUCGCCCCCAGCGCCUCUUCCAACCGCAAGGUUCAGCCUUACCAUACCGGUAAAGCCGACACCGCCAUCGACUGUCAGACCUUCUGUGCCUCCGAUGACCACUGCAAGAGCUUUGCCUUUGGUCUCGUCAAGGGCCACUCGCAGCCUACCUGUCUCCUCUUCAAGGUCUCAGCUUCCGAAGUUCCUGCUCGCAAGGACGGUCUUCACGUCUUUGAUAAGCAGUGUGCUGCUGAUCGCGUUCCUACCUCUGCGCCUACUACCUCUGAGCCUUGGGGUACCGUGCAUAAGAAGGUUCUUGUUCGCCGAUCUUUGAAGUGCAACUGUGCUGCUUCUGGUUCUGCUAGCAGUGAUGUCGAGCCGUUCAAGACUACCACUGCUGCUACUGCUAAGGACUGCCAGACUCUUGCCGAGGCGGACUCUUCUUGCCAGAGUUUCCUGUAUGGUCUUCCUAGCGGAUCAAGCACUCCUGUCUGCAAGCUUUACAAGGUUGCUGCUGCCAAGGUUCCUGCUCGCGCCGACACUCUCUUUGUCUUUGACAAGGGCUGUUCUUCUAAGCAGGUCCCUACUACUCCUCCCACUGAGGACGCUCCCCGCGGUCUCGUCGGUACUGCCAAGGCUACCAAGGUCCAGAAAGCUGCGCCCAAGGUCACCAAGGCUGCUAAGGUGAAGGCUGAGGAGCAGAACAACGACGCUUACGAAGUUUCCAACCCCAAGCCCAAGAGCACCAAGGUGCAGAAGCCCAAGGCUAAGGCUACCACGGUUGCCAAGGUUGAGGACGACAACACCCAGUACGCUCAGGUUGAGGAUGACUCUGUUAAGCACAAGGCCAAGGCUACCAAGGUUGAGAACAAGCAGCCCAAGGCCACCAAGGUCGCAAAGGUCCAGAAGAACGAGGACAAGUCUGGCAAGACUGAGGCCAAGGUCACCAAGGUUGAGAACAAGCAGCCUAAGGCUACCAAGGUCCAGAACAGCAAGCCCCAGGCCACCAAGGUUCAAUACAAGGACGAUACCAAGAACACCAACAACAAGGACACCACCAACGAGAACAAGAACGUCAAGGCCGACAGCCCCAAGACCCUCGCUACCAAGGUCCGCAACAACGAGCACCAAGCCACCAAGGUCCAGGCUGUUGAGCACCAGGCUACCCAGGCCGAGGGUAAGAAGUCUGCUUGCAAGACCACCAAGGGCUCUGUUGCCCAGCCCAAGAUCACCCAGGCUUAG